AUGCCUAUCCCACUCAGCACAAUCACCACUUUCCGCACAACCUUCAACCCAUUCUCCCAAGCCUCGCGACCAUGCCGUCUCUUUCUGUCUCUACUGCGCACUCCCAACACCGUCGCUGGUAGCCCCACCCACAUCGAUAUCAAGGUUAACCAACUUCCACGCAACUCCACACAGGAACCCGUCAUGACCGUGGGCUUCAAGGGUGGAAAGGAGAUAGUGCUUGAGGUUGGAAAACGUGGAAUGAAGAUCGGGGAUGUGGUUGAGGAGGUCUCGCGUGUGGGACGAGCAUUGGCGCGCGAGGCUAGUCUGAAGGGCUAG